CGAUAUACCGUGUUGUACAGUACGGAUAGUAAACUUCCAGUGAACAAAUGGCAUCGCAUCGAAACGAACUUGCAGACGACACAAAUUCGGAACCUCAAAUCCAUGCAAACCUACUUUCUUAAAGUGGCAGCAUCCAAUUCAGUCGGAACUGGACCGUUUUCAGAGCUGACCCCGGUUAUUGUGAAAUUCGGAGGGCGGGUCAGCAAAAACAGCCUAUCGCCGACGCCUCCCUUCGUUCAGUCGUGCAAAGGGGAUAUCGAUCAAACAAUGUAUCCGUCAGAAGAAGGUGCUUCCGCGAGACCAUAUAUAGUGUACGCCGAAUCUUUGAUUGCCGUUCCCAAUUCGGGCUGGCAAAAGCAGAGGACUGGCCAAAAUUUGAUCCGGUAUAGGUGUGUGCCUUCGGUGUUAUUAUCCUACAAGGAUGGGGACCGCGUGAUCUCUACUGGGCCUGAUUGGAAUCGCUACAAGAUGUGGCUUCUAAUCGAUGUCAGUGGAGUUUCUGUUUUCAUUUUGUGCCCAUAUUGCCUCAGUGCAUGUCUGGAGACGCGAGGACUGUGCAAUAAUUGUAGAACGAUAGUACUAACUCCCUUUCCCACUCACUUUUUUCUAUUAAUUGCAAUAAGGCUUUCAUUAAUUCAUGGUUGUGCGACACUCCACAAUACAAGAAAAUCCCGACCGUUGAGUUUUUCUCGUGAGCUGGAAUUUGGCCCAUCGCAAGACCAUUUGGAUCUUGGAGGCUGUCCCACUGAGAGUUGUAUAAACUGCAGGUCCACAAAUAAUAAAGUUCCUGCGCAACCUCUGAGCUUCCGUGGGCUCAGUUUGUCACCAACACAGAUAUUUCUCAACUGGACUACUCCCCCUGUUGCUCAGGAUGUUACCCUGGAGGAUUACUUAAUCCGUUAUCGCAAUGCUCCGGACGAAUCCACUCAAAGUGAACCAAUUGGUGUUCCUGUGGCAGCCACAAGCGAAAGCUUCAUACUGGAGAACUUGAUGCCAAAUACAACCUACCACAUAUCAAUCGCAGCUAGAACCAAGUUCGGGCUAGGUGUGGCUGCGCAAAUUCAGGUUCGCACAGCAAGUAAU